AUUAUACCAGAUUGGUGGAAAUAAUAAUUAAUUCUACAUACAUUCAUGCAUGAAGUUCGUCAUAAAAAAUACAUAUUUCGGUAGCUAAAAAGACAUGUAAUAAAGCAGUGUUUGGGUUUUUAUUUGCAUGUACUAUCCGGUUUUAUUUUACGAAAGGUCAUGCUAUAAUCAAUUUUUAUUAUAGACAGUGAAAUGAUAUUUGGUGCUUUUUAAGAUAUUACUAGGAAAAAUUUAUUUAUAAUUUAGUGCCCUGGAGCUACACAAGUCUGUAACCAUAAGAUUGCUGCUACAUAAUAUGCAAACAUAUAAAUGACACUAAUUAAUACUCAGUCCAAUCAUUAUAACCAUUAUACCAGGAUGUUAUUAAAAUAAAACAUAUAUUCUAAUAUGUGACUGUGAUAAGCCAUUGGGAUUACCAUGACAGUGUUAAAUCGUAGCAGACUCUUUAGAAGACCCAGCCUCAAAGGACUUGCCCUUACAGCACUCAUAGCUACGAUUUUAUUAUGUAUUUAUUAUUCCAAUUUUACCUCUGCAGUAAACCGAACAAAUCAUUUAACAAUUCCUCCGGAAGGAUUACCGGCGCAACGCAAGAGUCGACAGUCGAAUAUUCAGUCCAUAUGGGCCAAACAAGUAUAUGAAAAAAAAGAAUUUACACGUUGUCCAAAACUGAUUAAUGCUGAUGCUGACAUAUCUACUUUGGAUGUGUUUAAGGAAUUUGACUUUCAGCCGUCAUGGAUGCGAAGCAAAGAAUAUUGGGACAAAUCGUUCGAGGAUCGUUACGAGCUUCACAAGAUGAGUCCUGAAAGACCCCCACUAAAAGUAAUAAUCGUUCCGCACUCGCAUAAUGACCCGGGAUGGUUAAAAACGUUCGAGAGUUACUUCCACGUAUCCUCGAAACAGAUAAUGAGUAACAUGGUGGCGAAACUGCAAGAAUACAAUAAUUUAACAUUCAUUUGGAGUGAAAUUUCGUUUUUGAACAGCUGGUGGGAGGAGGCGCAUCCGAACAAACAAAAAGCGCUGAAGGAUCUGGUGCAAAGCGGCCGAUUGGAGAUUACGACCGGAGGUUGGGUGAUGACCGACGAGGCCAACGUUCAUCUUUUCGCUAUGGUUGAUCAGCUUAUUGAAGGUCAUCAAUGGUUAUGGACCAACUUGGGAAUAAAACCGAAAACCGGGUGGUCAGUGGACCCUUUUGGGCAUGGCAGCACUGUACCCUACCUCCUAGGAGCCUCUGGACUGCAAGGAACAGUCAUCCAAAGAAUCCAUUACGCAUGGAAACAAUGGCUCGCCCUAAAACAACACGGAGAUUUCCAUUGGGUGCCCGGUUGGUCUCCGAGCGACCCUUACGGCUCGAUUUUAACCCAUAAUCAACCCUACGACAUUUAUUCGAUUAAGCACAGCUGCGGACCGCAUCCCUAUAUUUGUUUGAAUUUUGAUUUUCGCAAAGUUCAAGGUGAAUACACGGAGUCCUCGUUGAAAGCGCAAAGUAUCACCGAUAAGAAUAUUAAGGAGAAAGCCGAGCUGCUUUUGGAACAGUAUUCGAGAACUGGAUCGUUGUUUCCGCAUAAUGUGGUGUUGGUGCCACUCGGGGAUGAUUUUAGAUAUAAUUUCCGCGAAGAAUUUGAUCAACAGUACACCAACUACAAAAAACUAAUCGACUAUAUAAACGCCAACAAAAACCUCUAUAAAGCAGAAGUGAGCUUCGGUACUCCCAGCAUGUAUUUCGACGAAAUUGUUAAAAGACACAAACAGUUUCCCACCCUUAAAGGGGAUUUUUUCGUGUAUUCUGACAUUUUUUCGGAAGGCAGACCUGCCUAUUGGUCCGGAUAUUAUACAACAAGGCCUUUCUUGAAAAUCCUCGAUAGAGAACUGGAGCACAGCCUUAGAUCGGCCGAAAUCUUAUAUACGAUUUGUUUUAAUUACGCCAAACAAAACGACUUGACUAGUCACGUGAAAAUAUUGGAAAAAAAGUUCGAGAAACUCAUUAAAGCCAGAAGGCAUUUGGGUUUGUUUCAGCAUCACGACGCCAUCACCGGAACGAGUAAAUCCUUUGUCAUGAAAGACUAUGGGAUUAAAUUGUUUGAGUCGCUUAGAGAUACCGCUAAUAUACAGCAAAUGGCACUGCAAACCCUUUUAUUCCCCAAGACUCACUUGGGUAAAGACCAGAGCUUGAUUUUAAGCGAUAUCGAGCGGGAAUCUUAUGAAAAACUACCCAACAAAAGCACCAUACAAAUAGGCCCUAAUAAAAAACGGAAAAUUGUGCUUUUUAACUCGUUGACUUACCCGCAAGAGCACGUGAUCACCUUAAUAGUAAACACCACGAACGUUCACGUGACCGAUGCACAAGGCAACCAGGUCAAAUACCAAAUUAAUCCGCUACUCGAGCCAGGAUUGGGAAAGUUCUGGAUACAACCGCGGGAAUUCGAACUGGUUUUCGUUGCGAAAUUACCGGAACUCGGCGUUGUCACUUAUUACUUAAGUUAUUCGACGGAUAACACGGACGGUUUGGCAGCGCUAUUUUGUAAAAAUUGCGCUAAAAAAGUGGAGGUUUUACCGGACGGGACUAAGUUGGAAGCUCCGUUUGUUAUCAAGGAUAUUCCUCAGAGUGACAUUCAGCUAGAGAAUCAUAAGUUGAAGUUGCUGUUUAGUGGGACUACUGGUUUUAUGAAAAGUCUAAUCCGUAAGCACCGUCCGAAAAUCAUGCAGUGCAAAAUCCAAUUCGCCGCCUACCGAAGUGCCCAAUUCCAUUCCGGAGCGUAUUUAUUUAUGCCCGAUCCGAACGAGCGGGAUUAUGAAAAAGACGUAUUGGCUCAAUAUAAGGAUCAAAUGUCCGUUAUAAUCACCACCGGUCAAGUCACCACGGAACUUUUAACCAUCUAUGGGCCAUUUUUAGUCCAUAAAGUGACCAUUUUCUUGGACGAAACGUCGGUUUUAUCCGACGCGAUCAGUAUAGAAAACACCGUCGAUUUUGAAAACCCUCCUAAGAAUAGAGAAACUGAAUUAUUCAUGCGAAUUAUAUCUGACGUGCAGAACGGGGAUCCACCGGAGUUUUAUACCGAUUUAAACGGGUUUAAUAUGCAAAAGAGGGUAAAAGUCGAACGAAUCGGUAUUGAAGGCAACUAUUUCCCUAUAACUUCGAUGGCUUUUAUACAGGACGAGAGUAUUAGGCUGAGUCUUUUGACUAAUCAUGCCCAAGGUGCGUCUGCUUGGUAUCCAGGUUUUUUGGAGGUGAUGUUGGACCGUAGAACGUUAUAUGAUGAUUCCAGGGGGAUGGGCGAGGGAUUGGUUGAUAAUCGAAGAACCACCAGUAAAUAUUUGCUGCUUAUUGAAGAUAUUUCGAAAGUGACCAAAAUGGCUGAUGGUGGGCAGCCAGUGAAGGGUUUCGAUGCUGACGAUACGUAUGAAAAAGGCGAAGUGGUCCGUUCAUUUAAUGUCCGAGCGAUCCCACCAGCAGCCGAACCAUCAAAACCACCCGAAACUUACCCCAGACCAUCCCUGCAAGCCACCCACCUCUCGAACGCCCUCAACUAUCCCGCCCAAACCUUUAUAGUCGACCAGGACUUCCUCGGAACCGUUCCAGACAAACUAAAACUGAUCAACAAACCGUUUCCGUGCGACGUUCACUUGUUAAACCUGCGCACCCAAUCCGAUUACUUGUACUCCCAGUUUCCCUCCGCUAGUGCCCUCGCGGUACUUCAUCGUCAAGGCUACGACUGCGCCGUUGCCGCGAACUAUACUUGCGACGUUGUCGCUUUUGAUCAGAAGGUGAAUUAUUUCGGUUCGGUUAAGGUGCAACAGAUGGAGGUGAAGUUGCUUACCGGGUUGGAUAGUAUAAGGAAUAUUAGCGAUUUGGGUGAGUUGUAUAUAGAGCCGAUGUCCUUGAAGACGCUUAAUGUGACGUUCGGUUAGGGGGGGUUUUAGGGAAUCUCGAGUUAUUUUAGGGAAUUUUUUAAUUGCUAAAUUGUUAUAUUUGCUAUAGUUUAUACCAAAUAAGCUUUGAUCGUACAGGGUGGCUCAAAUUCGAGCCUUAUUAUUGGGAUCUCGGAAUUCGUAAGGGAUACAAGGUCGAUGACAUUAUGCUAAAGUUGCCUUAAUUGAUGCUUUAUUAAAAUUCCGUUUAAAAAUUUAAAAAAAUACAAAUUACGUGAUUUAUAGUUCUAUAUCAAAAUAGAUAAGACUUUAUUAAGACCAUUUUUCUCGUCUACAAAAUGACUUCUUUGGAUUUAACAUAUGACGUUUCUCGUUCAUCUUUUAGAAACCAUCAUCAACUUUAUUUUUUUAAAUACAGACCCGCAUUUUAUUUUGAUACCUUUUAGCCACCUUAAUAUCAAAGGUAAGAACAAAGGUAAGAACAAACACAUUACUAAUAAUAUGUAUAUAUGAUCUGUGUAGGUCUAGGCCUGAUGAUGCUCCGAUAGGAGCGAAACACGUGUAGCUUUGAAAUAAAAAUUAUAUGGAUUUGAUGACACCGUGACUUUGUGUUCUUACCUUUGUUUUGUCAUAGCAUAAAUACUUCCCACCUAAAAAUGUCUUAAGGAACAAAAUGAAGGUAUUUCAUAUUUAAUAACCAUUAACCAUGAUAAUCUACGAUACUUAAUUCAAAUAUCCAAUAAUAUUUUCAAAUCUUAAGCAAAAUGCCAUAGAUAAUAUAAAAAAAUAACAACUAAUAAACUAAACAUUAAAUAAGCUUAAAUAGAUAAUAAUUAAACUCUAAAGUAAAUGAUCAAACAACUCUCCUUCUUUUCUUUUGCAUUUUUGAAUUCGUCUGCGCAUGUCGCUAUUUCAGCAAUAAAGUUUUGCUGAAAAGUGUUAACGUCUUGUGAAAAGUAUUCCUACAAAAAAUAAUUCAACGGGCACAAAUUAAGGCUUCUGACAGGCCAAUGCACAAUACCCUGGUUUCAAAUUCACUGCUAGGGAAGGCCUUUAAACUGAGUUGCGACCCUUCUAUUAUGAGGUAGUGCCAUCAUAAUCGUUGCUUAUUUAACGACCUUGAAGCUCAUUUAUUAUAUCUGGAUGGAGCUUUCAGUAUUUAAAUUUUCUUCGUAAAAAAUUGUCAGUAUUUUAUGUCAAUAUGCGACUUAUACUUUGAAUAAUGGUCCUCCUUGUCUUCAGCCUUGAGGGUUUGAGGUGAAUUUUUAACAAUAUAAUAUUUUUCAUUACUUAAAUUAACCCUUUCAAGGCCAAAUUAAUUUUUCAAAAUACUUAUUAUGGAAUUUAAUAAAACAUGUGUUACCUUUUGACAAACAUAGAGGCGUUUUAUGUUAUUUACAUUUAUUAAAGACCCAUAAAACAAAAACUUAUCUUAAUUUUCUCAACACUGUGAACAUGAAAAUCUAAACGUAAAAGUUCACAUGUAACUCGGUCAGAGACAAACAACGAGACGCGCAAGUCAACAAUAAAUUAAUAUCCAUGUAUCUAUCCGUUUUUAGCAUCCAAGGUGAACGCAGAUGGCGCUAAAGGUAUUUUGGCAGAAACUGCCCGCGAAAUUUAAAUUUUAUUUUAAGGUUUUUUAGGACCAGCUGAUUCAUAAUGAUUUACGUAUAGUGUCCACGUAUUUUUGAGUCAGGACUCUAAUGUUAUAGAAAAACUGAUUUUAAGACGAGAAAUUCGUAUGAAGUUCAGACCAUUUCUAGAUACAACAGUGUCAAAAUUUCAGAAAAAAAAUCGUUUUUUAACAUAUGAUGAAAAAUACUUUUCUGAUUUUUUUGACAUUUUGCAUGCUUUUUUUUAUAAUAAUAGUACACACCUUUUAACGAAAUACGUUUAUCAUAUUUACUUCAAUGGCGUCGCAAUAUAUAAAAAUUAGCAAAUAACUGGUAGGGUAGAGUGCUUCAAGAGUGCGCACUUAAGGUUUAAUCAGGUAAAAAAUCCAAACGAAUUGCGUUGAAAAUAUAUAUUUUUUUAUUUAUGACUGUUGAUACUUAAGCAACAAAAUAAGGUAUAAUUCGCAAACUAAACAUCAGUACUUCAACAGAAAAAAUUUAACUAAAAAAAAAAGUGAUUUUGCGCACUCUUAUAAACCCGCUUUUUAAGAGUACGCAUUUAGUAUUGUAAGAGUACGCACGCAAUUUUAUGAACAUAGGUCACAUGUAUAAGAUCCAGAACCCUCGUAGGCACUGCAUUUUUCAUGCCACCAUUCAGCACACAAUAUGCACUCAAUCCAGUCUUCUAUAACAGGUUCUUUAAAUGUUUCGUUGCACCCUGGACAGCUCCACAUUUUCUUAUGAGGCGGUGAUUUUGGCUUCUUCAAAACAGCUUUUCCAUUUUUCAGUGUCUUCUUUGCCUGUCUGAGGUUCACAGCGCAUUUUAUUUUUAAACUCUCUUCCGAAAGCUCUUGUGGUGGUGGUAGGUUAUCGCCCAUAUCUAGUUUGACUAUGGGUUUCGGUUUUUUUUUCUCUUUUUCUUUAAUUAGUUGGUCCUUAUAUGGGGAGCUGGUGAUAAUUUCCGACUUUUUGCUUCUGCGACUUGUUGACCUGAACGUAAUUGAUUUGGGUAAUGGAGAAAUUGUUGUUAAUUUAAUAUAAGUUGAUGAUGUUCCAGGAGUGUUCGAUAAAUCAAAUGUUUUGGUUUCUGGCGCUACAGCAACUGUUUGUUCCAAAGUUGAAAUGAUUGCAGAUGUGUUGGAAACCAGCUCUGUAGGCUGAGGUGAAUUUUUCUUAGUAGUGGAACUCUCAAGAACAACAGUUGGACUGUCAAGAACUUUGGAAGCAUUUUCAAAGGCUAAUUCAGAGAUUUGAUGAGGUUGAAUAUUGAUUUUAGAUGUUGAGUUAUCAGCGACUUCUAACUGAAUGUUUGGCGCUUCUACUUACGUAGCUACUGUAGCUGUAGCAGAAUUUUCUCGUUCUGUGACUAAAGUGGCCAUGAAGUCAGCUUCAGUAAAUAUAUCAUCAUUAAAGGGACAUAUCCCUGUCACUUUAGAACCUUCAAUCGCAUUCGUUAAAGCAGCAGCUUUAAAAUAUGCAGGUGCAAAUAUUGAAGCAAUUUGGUAGACCGUAAUUACCCGCCCUCGAUGGUUCGUCAACCAUUUUUCACACUCGUUGGCAUAAAACUUUUUUAACGGACUAAAAAAACAUCGGUCAAGUGGCUGCAUACGGUGGCUACUAUGAGGAGGAAUUGUUAAUGCGAUAAUGUUAUAUUGUCGAAAAAAAUCAACUGCUGCAAUAGAACAAUGGGAAGUGUGGUUAUCCAUUAUCAUUAGUACUGGUUGUUCCUUUGUUGGAUUAGCAUGAUCUCGAAAAUGUGUGGCAUAAUCAACAAACAAAUCCUGAUUGAUGAAACUACUAUCAGAUACCAUUCCAAUUGAAGAUGGCGGAGCCGUCCAAAAGUUCUGCCUUCAUUCUUUUACGUGGAUAUAUAAAUGCGGGAGGAAUAAAUUAUCCACUAGCACUCAUUGCACAUACAAUAGUAACAUUGGUUCCCCAUUCUGCGCUUGAUAUUUUAUUGACACACCUUUUUCCUUUUGUAGAGAAAACAUUAGGGUGCUUGUUUGGGACAGUUGAAAAUCCCGAUUCGUCCAUAUUGUAAAUUGCAUGUGGCGGAAAUUUAUAUUUGUUCAUUAACUCCGAGAGGUUUUUAUAAAACCGCUCACACUGUGGUUUAUUAAACCCAACAGCCCGACGCUUGUAGCGGUGGGUUGCCUUAAUGUAACAUUUUUGUGUCGUUUUAAAAAUCCACGCAGCCAGCCCUUACCUGCCAUUUUUGAAGUUAUAUUAAAACGAUGUUUUAAUUUGUUUUUUUCAGCGAACUCAAAUGCUAGACUUCUUAGAGCUCUAGAAGUUAACCCGUAAAACAUGUUGUCUAUUGUUUUAAUAUAAUUACACAACUACUCUUCCAUUGCUGCUGUUAAGGUAAUGUCGAAUCUUCCCAGUUUUGUAGCUACAGUUGUCCUUUUUACCCUUUUUCUUAACGUGCUUUUCGCCAUUCCUAAGGAUUUUGCCACGCUUCUUUUACUUUCUCCAUUUUCAAUCCUCUGUCUUGCUGCCUCCAUAACCGCCGGUGAGCAUAAAGCACGUUGAGAACUUCGUUUUCUGCCAGACAUGCUAAAACACAAGAAAAAAUACGUUUAAUCCGUUAGAACAAAAAACCUGGUUUGUAAGAGUGCGCGCGUACUCUUACAAUAUUAAUGAUUGCGCACUCUUACAAAACGAGCACGUUUUAAAAAGCGCCAGUGCUGCCUCCAUCUUGGUUCGAAAUCGUAAACAACGGUAUGAUUUAUACGAUUCUUCAAGGUUUAUUGUAAGCAUGACAAAAUAUGACCGCAAAAUUCUUGAAAACUACAGUUGUGUACAAUAUCCAAAAUGUCAAAAUAUAAUAACAAAACAGAUAAAAUUCCUUAAACUUAUCUAAUAACGUUAUUAUCGCUGUUUAUUUGCUUAAAAUGCAUAAGAAACAUGCAGACACUCCUCUUAAUCAGUACAAAAAACUAACACCUUGUUGUUGUCGACGACGUGCUCCAAAAAUCGACGAGUGCGUACUCUUAUUGACCGCGCACUCUUAGAGCACUCUACCCUACAUCACUGCAUCUGAUGUAGUAUUAUAAGUUUUUAAAUUCUACCGUUAUAAGAGACUUUAUUUGUAAAUAGUCAAACAUUUGAAUUAUAAAUAAAUAAUAGCAGAUUAAAUAAAAAAUAUAAAUAAUAACCCAGUAACUUUCAAAAUUAGUGGAAAACUUAUAUUUUUAUGAUGCUAUUUUCAGACAUUAGCGUUGCAAUUAAUUAAUAUUUAUUUACCUAUAAGAAUGUUAUUAUUUGAGUAUAUUCACAGCCAUAUAGUUAAAUAUAAACUCUAUUUAGCAACCGUUUUAAUAAUAUAAUGACUUGAAAAAAUAAUAAGUUUGAGUCUCUAGAAUUUGCUACGAUUGUCUACGAAGUGCAUAUGAACAUAUAAGUACAAUCAGUAAAAAAUAAUACCCGAUAUUGAAAUAAAGUUAAAUACAGAAUAGAUACAAUUUAGUUACAGUGGCUCCACCUUAAUUUACCUUCUGUAAUGCUAAAAAAGGAUGUCGGUAUAGCUGUGAUAAAGUGAAAGAGAUAUAUGGCAUACAUUUUUGAGUUUAGUUGUACGUCUAGUUGUUUGUCUCUGACUCGAUAUCUCACCAACUCAUGCAUAUCGACAUCUGUAAUCUAAAAUCUGCAAUAUAAUGCCUAUGAUUUCAAAUUUUAAUAUUUUGCAGAGUUCUGCUGUGAGUUUUUAGACUUAUAUUCCAAUUGUAGUUGCUGGGCUAGAAAGGGUUAAAUAUAAUAAUUUAAUCAAACAUUCUAAUUUAAUUUAAACAAUUUAAUUUGUCACGUUUUUUUAAAAUUAGACAAGAUUAUAAUAUUGCAAAAAUAAAUUAAUUUUUGCAAAGCACAGGACCAACCUUUUUUUAGUUUAAUUAUGUCAUUUUAUUUCAUAAACAAUUUUAAAUUUUAAUAUUGUAUAAUGUUCAUCUUGUAAACGACAAAAAAUGGCUUUAAUGUAGUAUUAUCUAUUUUGAUAUAUUAUGAUAAAUAUCGUAAAAAAAAUACCAAGGACUUUCUUCUAAAAUUUCAUUUUUUACCGGAUUUAAAAGAAUUUUUAAACAUAAUUUUAAUAUGCAUCAAAUUACGCAACGUACAAGGUAAAUCAAUGUACCAGCAUUAUUUUACAUAUUUUCCUUGAAUCAAAAAAAUGGAUAAAGAGUCACACGACAAAAGACAAAUCAAACUUGGCAAAUUCAUAGCAAUAUGUCAUUUGUCACCGACAUAAUCGAGGAGCAGGAAAUUUAAAUUUAUAAAGUUUGUUAACCGUACUAAAAACUUAGAUGGUUGGUGACUAAAUUACGUCACAUUAAAGUUUAUUUGGUGUGAACAAUACUUUUUUUUUAUAUACAUAUAAAAAGGCGAAUAGUGUAGUAGGUUAAAGUAGUUCUUAUUUAUUUGGUGUUUCGACAUAAUCUUGCCAGUGAUUUAUUGUUUUAUUUAUUUUAUUUAUUUAUGCAUUUUUCUUAAGGGUGGCAGUAUAAUCGGUAUAUUUAUUGUAAUUAGCAUCAUCAACUUGAUUUUUCAAAUAGAGCUCUGGUUUUUUCUUUGUUUUUCUGUAUAACUAAGACAGAGACUGAGUUUCCAGAAGAUGUUUUUCUUGUUUUCUUUUAACAGAAAGAAAUAUCGUUUUUAUUAUUUACUUACUUUAAUUAUAUUAUUUUGUUGUUAAUGUGUUUGCUAUUUAAUGAUAACUUUUAAUUAACUUAAAUGACUUAGGGAGGAUAAAACAGUGAUAAAAUAUUAAAAUUUUAAUUAAUAAACUUCAAAUUAAUAAUGUUCCAGCUUAGUGAAGUUUUAAUGACAUAAAAUUAGUUUUUAUGACUUAAUCUUAUUUUAUAUUCUGUAAUUUAAAAUAUAUUAAAAAAAACGGAUUAAUUAAAAAUAAUGGAAAAAUUCAAAUUUUAGCAAUUUCAUAAGGAACUACUUAAUAAUAUUGUUUUCAGUUACAUAUUAUUUUCUUCGCCUAUAAUUUAAUUAAAUAAGCGUACAUUCAGAAAAAUAUACUCUUAUAUUUAUGUGUUAGACAGAGACGAAUUUUCUCUUCUAAAAUCGUAAAUCAAUCAAAAAUGAAUCAAAUCAAAGGGACCAAUAAAUAAAACCAAAAAUUCGUACUUAGGCUGUAAUUAAAAACAUAAAGUUGAUGAUAGCUUAUACCAGAGGCAAAAUGUUAUUUGAAAAAACUGCCUUGUAAAAUACCCUCUACUAGUAUAUUAUAUUAACCACCCUGUUUAUAAAUCCAAUACUCAGCUCUCUAAUUCUCUCAGGUUGUUUUUUGUUGUUUUGUUAGUUUUUACGGCACUUUUUAGCGUUCUUAGUUGCGCCGCACGAACAUUAUUUGUAUAUUUUUGUUUUUAGUUUUACAAAAUAGUCAUAAGAUCAAAGUUAUUUUAGUAGUGUAAGUUUUUAAAUGGAAUUUUAACCCAGAUAACAUAUAAUUUUUGAAAAUGGCAUUAAGGCUAAGACAUCUUUAAAUAAAUCUUAAAAGGAACAGGGAUUCCAUGUAGUUAUCACCUAGGAUGCAGUAGCUAUUAUGCCAUUUUCGAAUCACCCUGCAUAUUUUUAAUUACAUACUUUAAUGUUAGUAAAACUUAGCGUGUCCAUGGAUUGGCUCCCAAGGAAGCACCUUAUUUCAUCACAUUAUUUUAUUAAAAAAUCUUUUAUAAGUGUGCAUAUGUGGUAAGUAACACUGAAAAUGUCUUUUUUCAGAAACAAGUUUUUCCUCUAUGGGAAUCAAUCCUUGAACAGAUUUUUCCUCUCUUUAACCCAUACUAUUCGCCAAAAAUAUUUAAUAGAUAGGAUUGUUUUAUUUAUAGUUCUCAACGAGUGACUUUAGUUUACCUAUGGAGGCAUUAAGAAUCUCCACGGAAUGUAGGUAGCUCCUUUAUACAAGAUAUUUAUUUUAUUCUAGGCAUUUUUCCUUUAUAAUGUACUUUGGCUUUUAACGUUUAAAUUCCGACCCUGUAGAUAGUCAGUUAACAUUCCAAUAGAAACCGUCAUAAUUAACGUUCUUAACGGAGACCUUAUGCGGGAAAAAAAUUAAUGGAAAUUUAAAUUUUUAAGGGAUUUGUUUAAGAAAGUUGAUUUGGCAGCUUACUAGGACAGUAUUGCAAAAAAAAUUUUAUGGGCCAGUAUUAUCACUGUACAAACGAGGUUAAAACUCACUUUAAAGUUCUUACCUACAGGGUGGUUUUGAAUGUAUUAGGUUGCAGGAAACACCCUGUAUAUUCCUGAAAAUUCUAUGUUAACAAAUUAACUCUUUUCUUUUUAAGUUUGACCAAAAACUAACAGAGUGUGACAAUUUAAGCAAAUGAAAUAGAAAUUUCUUAAGUUGUCCUUCAGUGUCUACAUUAUUGUUCCUUAUAUUUAGUUGACUGAGAUUCAUUUAGCAUAUUCGCUAGUAUAACGGAAUGUGUGUAAAUUUAGUGAAAUUAUAGUGAGUGGACCCUAAAUCCUCGAUGUAAAUCGAUGUUAUUUUAGUAAUAAACGGUUUUUUAAACUGA